UCAUCGAUAGUUGCUUAAUAUUGCUUGGCCAAUAUUAACUACAUUGUAAAUAACUUGUCUAGUCCGAUCGAUUCGUCUCAGACCAAUUGAUCAAUAUGCCUAUAUACGAGAGCGUCAUGCAGGAAAAGCCUCCGAUUGUCCUCGACAUUGGCACCGCCUACACAAAGCUGGGAUUCGCGGCGGAGGCGUAUCCCCGUAAGAUCAUGCCCACGGAGGUGGUGAUGACUACGACGGGGCUCAGAAAACGUCUCUUUGACUACAACACCACGGAGGAGCUUUACGACCAGCUGGUCGACUUCCUGCAGACGAUUUUUUUCAAACACCUGCUGGUCAGCCCCAAGGAGCGUAAGUUCGUGCUGGUAGAAAGCGUGUUCGGACCCACUGUCCUGCGGGAGACAUUGGCCCGUGUACUCUUUGUUCACUUUGACGUCUCUUCAGUGCUGUUUGUGCCUGUACAUCUUAUAGCCCUGUCCACGCUGGCCGUGCCUACUGCCCUUGUGGUGGACAUUGGCUACAGUGAGACCAGCAUUAUGCCCGUUUUUAGCGGUGUGCAGAUCAUGGCUGCCUUUAAAGACCAGAACUACGGCGGUAGGGCUAUACAUGCGGAAAUCAAGCGUCAACUGGUAGAGACUGGCAUCAAGGAAAGCUUGCUGACGGAGAGCGUAUUGGAGGACAUCAAGGUGCGAACGUGUUUCGUGACCACCAUGGAAAGGGCUCAAGCUCGCGCGAAUGAUGGCGAGGUUCAACCGACUCCCGCGCCAGACGUGGAUUAUAUCGUCAGCGACAACGAUGCGAUCAUACAGGUACCCGGCAUUCUGCGGGAGACUGUUUACGAGAUCAUGUUCGAGGCUAGCAACGAACGGGACAGCCUGCCGCAUCUCAUUCUGCGCUCUAUUCUCGAUUGCACACUGGACGUAAGACGCGCCCUUGUAGAGAGCGUGUUUCUUGUGGGCGGCGGCUCAAUGGUCCAGGGACUACUAGCCAGACUCCAACAAGAACUGCAGUAUCUGCUCGCCAAGGAUCCCUUCUAUGUCGAGCGAUUCCACGGGGAGCUGCAGUUCAAAUUUUUCAAUGGCAUUGGCAAGCAAAACUUCACCGCCUGGCUGGGUGGCGCCCUGUGCGGUGCUACGGACCUUAUCCAGACCCGAUCGCUGGCGAAGGAAACGUAUCUAAAGAGUGAGCACGUACCCGACUGGAGCAACCUGUGCGACAAUCGUCCGACGGGUUCGUAAGUAUGAGGAAAGGUCUUAAAAAGGGAGGGGCACACUCCUAGGCGCCUUCACUAUUUACGCAUAAUAAUUUAAUCAUGAUUGUACUAUAUUAUAUAGGCUUAAAGUAAACUUCAAGUAUAAAGUAUAGAAAAUAUAUAGGCAAACAGAUUCUAAUGAAGUGCUUUAAAUUCUAUGUUUGUCAAUUAUACCAUUUUUCAAAAAAAAAGACUUGGUUUCUAUAUUUUGCUUAAAUAUAAAAUUUGUAUUGGUAUUUUUCCACUUUGAUGGACUAUGCUAGAUUUAAAAAGGCUUUGAAAGAACCUUAUUAUUUGCACUAAAAAAAUACAUAUCCAUCACGAUCUAAUCUUAUAUUCAAUCUAGUCAAGAUUAUCCAGGUCCUCGGGUGAAUAAAAUGUUCACCAAAAACUAUUAAUAUAACGCAUUGAAAGAAAAAAUGUUAUAUGGAAAAUCGGAAUAACAUUUAUUGACGAGGGCACACCGCCGAACAAUUGCUAUAAACGCAGGUCGAUUACCAUUUUUACAAUUGGCUCUUAUUAACUAACUUGUUCAUGCACUUCAAUAUAGAGUUAUGAAUGGAAUUUUGAAAAUUUACAAUACAUUUUCACAUAUGCACAUGAAAAUUCUGUAAGAAAGACAUUCGUUGAAUGCACAUAGUUUCUCUAUUCUAUAUAUAUUAUGCAUGUUAACUAAAGAAAAAAAUUUAUCUGUCAUAUGCUAUAAUGGAUGAUUUAAAAU